AUGACAGCCGAACCAGCAAAUUCGAAUACAAAUGUUCCACCAAAAACUUUUGCUAAAGUUGUGGAAUUAGAGACGAAAGAGUUGUACUAUUCGGAUAAAGAUGAGCGAUUGGUGGCAAAAGUCGUCAUCGAUAACAACAGUGAUUUAAAGCAUUCCUGUCAGAUCGUAUUUCGGGGAUAUGUUCGACGGCAGAAUGAUUUGGUUUACGAGUUUUUACACGAGCAAGCUUGGGUGGUGGCCGGGCAAGGAGAGACGAGUCAUACAGUUGAAGUCGAGGCUUGGCUCAAUCGUUUCCCGCCGUCAAUGGAAGUGAUGAGAGGGACUUUUAUCGAGUACAGUGUUCGAGCCUCUAUCGAUCCAUGGUUUCUAAAUCAUCAUGUAGAGAAAAUUUUCUUUGUGAGAAGAACGCUGAAGCUGAAGAUGCCUCAUAUAGCCGCAUUUGAGACAAAACAAGUGGUGAAUGAGUGUGUUGGACAUGGUGGACUCUUUCAUAAGAAUUGCACGGCUUUGAAUGGAUAUAUUCAAUUGGAGAAGGGAGCUUAUACAUGGGAUGAUGAGAUCGAGUUCAAAUGGGAUCUCGAUUGCACUCAAAAGCUGCAACAAGCGCGUGUCACUUUGCUUAAAACGAUGGAAUUUCGAAGCGCUGAUCCUGGUCAUCAUAUGGCGAUUGAAACAAUUCGACAAGAACUUGUCACCGAACAGAAACAGAUUGGGAACGGAAAAGGGCAUAUAAGGUUAAAAGUGCCGAAAAAUCUGCAUACAUCAAUAGAAAUGAGUCUCUGGAAUGUGUUAGCUAUCAAGUAUUUCGUUCUUCUUCAAAUCAAGGCUCAAUCAGCGAGUAAAUGGGUGGAUAUCUAUCAUCCAAUGAUUCUCAAUAGUGAGCAUAUAAGUCAUCAUGAAGGUGAGCCAGAUAAAAGAGAUCGUUUGCACAAAAGGGCGGUUGAUGAGAAUGAUGAUAGUGAAGAUGAUGAUGAUUGUGAUUCGGAGAUCGAUGAUUUGGAUGAAGUCACAAAACAGAGAGACUUGGAUGCCCGUUCACGUGGUCUUUACUCAAUCGAUAUUGAUGGUUUGAGAAUCGUUUCCGAUGAUGGAUUACAUAAUGCUUUCUGUGAAGUAGCUUUUGUCGUCAAUUCAAGAGAUCCAAGACCAUUGCGGUCAUUGAGAUUGAUGAUGAUCGGUGAGGUUCGAGCGGGCCCUAGUUGGUAUGAGUUUAUUCGAUAUAAAUCGAUUGUCACAACCGAUCCGAGAACCCUUUUUUCACCUGGAGAACAUCGAGUGAAAAUUGGUCUCCCCUUUCUCGACAAUCAAUACGAUACUCAUAUCUUACCGCCAUCUUUAGGUGAAGAUAUCAAAUAUACGGUAAAAGUGACAACAAGCUCUUGGAAAAUCAAUCAACUCGAGGGAGAACGAGAUUUUCAAGUGACUCGUUGGGUGGACACUUGGGCAAGAGAGGAGUUCACUGCGGGUUUUCAUGAGAAACUUGGAAAAUUUGGUAUGACAAUGACUCAACGUAAUUUCCAAAAAGGGAAAUGGAUUUUCGCGACAGUUUACGGACCAGCGAAGAGAGUUCGAAUGUCAUUGAUUCAACAAAGGAGAUUGAGACAACCUGGGUUGAAAAGUGAUGGCAGUUAUUGCACAGAAAGGCUAGUGACAUCGGUGGAAAGUCCGGAGAAUAAGGAUUUAUGGCCGGAGGAAUGGGCAUUACACAUUCCUCCACAUAUCACUCCAUCAAUUGAGGUCAGCUACUGGAAUGUGGUCGUGAUUUCCUAUGCUUUAGAGGUAAUUUCCUAUUCUGAAGUUGAUGGUCAUGAGCAUCGUCAUGUAAUCCCGGUUUGGAUUGGAUGCACUGAUGACAAAUUGGGACCACCGAAAGAGCCAAUGAAACGAGAAGGAGACCCGGGAAUGGAAUAUGUCGAUCCGAUAGAAGAACUGCCUGAAUUUGAAGUAGUAAAAGAGGGAGAAAUCCAUGAUCAUCCAUUCUGGGUACAACGAUUGAAUGAUGAUACUUACAAUGAGCUCCCUGUCAAUUGGCAAGAAUAUUACAAUUACCCGGAAAGGAAACUUGAUUAUGAUGAU